CGUUACCGCUCAGGGCUACGAGGAAAACUACGCCGGAUGAUUCUGAGAAUGACGCUCUUGCAGUGGUACCUUUCGAGGAGCUACAUGGGGAGCAUAUGGUUGUGGACAAUGAUAACCUUGAACCAGCAUUACGUAUUACGCUGGAUGAUCCUGAGAAGGAGGCUCUUGCAGUUGUCCCUUUCAUGGAGCUAGAUAGAGAGGACAUCAUUAUUUAAAUUGAUGACCUUGAUCCAGCAUUACGUAUUAGGGAUGCUGCAGAAGAAACCAGUGAUUUGAGUUUCUCGAUCGCAAAUCCACUAGAGGUUGAAUAUGAAGGCUUAGGUAAAGCGGUGCCGCCGACCGGGAAUUGGGGAGGAAUUCGACAAAUCGGGCGCUCGGUCCAUCCUUAAUUCCGGAAAGGAAGCGUCGUUGCAGAGGGGGCGCGGUUACGAUUAUAACUUAAAAAUGAGGGAUUAUCCCAGUAUUGGAAUGCCUCAGACGAAUUCGAUCUCCACUUGGAUUUCAGACAACCUCCAGCGAUAUCAAAACUUACAGGAUGAAGAUAUCGGGAAAGCCUUCUCACGUUUGGCGCACAUGUACGCCAUGAGACGUGAAGGAUCUGAUCAGUCUUAUACACCGAGUUUCAUUCAGUGGAUGGAAUCUACAUUCCAACCGACUCAAGAAACUGAGAUCCCACUUUAUAAUUUCUUCCCCAGUGAGAGUCCAAGAAUAAUGAAUUCUGAGAUCUGAUCCUAUCAAUUCUUUCCUGAGGGGAGUCCAGCAGAAGAGAUACAUAAGAUCACACCUCAUCACUUCUUGCCUGAUGAGAGUCCAAGAGUAUUGAAUUCGGAGAUCAGAUUUCAUCAGUUCUUUUUUCAGAACUUUUUUACUGAUGAAAGUCUAAGAAUACAAAUGUCUGAGAUCAGAUUGUAUCAAUUCCUUCCCGAGCGGAAUCCAGCAGUGGGGAAAUAUGACGUCAGACCAUAUAGGUAUUUCCCUGAUCACAUCCAUGGCAUCCCGAGGUUUACCGAUCUUGGACAUCUUAAAGUAGAGGGGCCACUGAUUAUUGAUUUAUCUCUAAGGUAACUAGACUAAGUAAGUAAGUUGCCAUCACUGAGAUAUAUAUCCUAGCUAAGGACGUGGUAGUUUUACCGCGCCAUUACCAGGUGCUUAUCAAAUCAUGUGAACAUAUCUGUAUAAAUUGUAGCAC